UUGUUCUGCUUUUUAACCAAAACGGGUAUAUUAUUUCAAAAGUUAUUGUUAAAUCAUACAACAAAUAGCUAAAUGGGUUUUUGACGGAUCGAUAUCAUAACCGGUGCGUUAAACUGCAAAUUAAUUAUUUUGAAAUUUGUUUACUUAUAACAUGCUAGAACAUUAAUAUCAAAUACAAUCCAUUGAUUUUUAUCAAAUAAAAUACCAAAAAGCGGAUAUUGGAGUACUUAUACUAUAAAUAGAUUCAUUUAUAGUAUGCCGAAUAGAUGCUCGAUUCAUUCAAAUUAUCAAUUGGGUAUAAUUGUGUGCAGGCAUCAUACAUAGUGCGAAAUAGGAAGUUAAAACGGUUUAUUGACGUAGAACGAACAAAUCGAAGAUAAAAGAACUUAGAUUUCAAUAGACUGUUGUGGAUUAAAGCGAGAUAACGGACAGGGAAAAUGGGAAGCGGGUCGUCUAAACCGCCCGCACCUCAUGAGGUGUCAGGAAAAAACGUCAACGUUUAUGAUGUAGUUGAAAAGAAAAAUGGUGAAGAGGACAAGACAAAGUCUAAUGGCACAGCACCUAAUCAAAAUGAUAAUAAACAAACAAGACCAAAAAGUAAAACCAGACCAAAAACAUCUACAAAAGGAAAACGGGAUACACCAGAUGCAUGGGAGCUGCUGACUUACCUUCCGCCAUACGGUGAAGAUUUUGAAUACUCUCACACCCACUUCCUGUAUACAAAUGAUCUUCCGCAGCUGGAGGACGUACCGCCGCCACAUACCUCGCCCACGAGAAAACACGAGAUUUUCGACCCAGACGAUUACGUUCACGUAGAUGAACGUACAGACGCGGUAAAAGACCAAGCUCUCGAGAAGCCUCUAACAGAACUGAUCCGGCUAUUGACUGGUGACUAUGACGAUGAUAUAUCUAAGGUUCGAGCCCUGUACCGCUGGUUUACGUCCCAGCCAGUGGAGACCAGCGAUUACAAGAAGAAUGCUAAACACAACACAGCCAUGUUCCAGCUGUGGAAUCUUAAACACAAGAGAAACACAUACGCUGGAUUUUUCAGCUUGUUAUGUUGGUAUGCCAAUCUACCAUGUGCCAUAGUUCGGGGAUAUUUGAAAGGCUCUACAUAUGAGGUAGGUCAGAAAAUCAACAAAGAUCUUCACCGCGGAGAGUGGAAUGCUGUCCUCAUCGACGGAAACUGGCGAUUGGUCAAUGCAUUCUGGGGCGCAUGCGUGCUGUCGGGUGACGAAGAUGAAGAUGCUAAACAAAAUUAUUUCUACACAUGCGAUGAGAAUUUCUUCCUGACCGAUCCACAACAGUUGAUCUACACACACUUUCCUGAAGAACCCAUGUGGCAACUCAUCGACUCAAAGAAAACAAUCAAAGAAUUCGAAACCAUGGUUUUUCUAAAAGACAGAUUUUUCAAUUUAGAAAUGAGAGUUUUAUCCCACCCAGAGUGUAAUGCUGAAGCGAAAGACGGAGAAAUAGAUAUACUGUUUGGUUUACACCCAGAAAAAUCGAUAAAUCACACUUUCUUAUGUAUCCCUACACACUUUAUCGAAAAUGCGAAACAAACACGUACAAAACCUGUAGAAUUGCCGCAAAAGAAUGUUCAGCUAGAUUUUAUAAACCGACCUAAUGACAAUGUGCUAUCAGUUAAGGUCAGGUUCCCAAAGGUUGGGACAUACAAACUGGAAAUAGUUGGUAAAGAUGUCUCCGUAACACAAAUUGAUUACGACUUUGACUGGGUGGCCAUUUACAAAGUAACAGUUAACAGUAUCCCAGAGCGACAAACCUUCUUCCCAGUUAUAGAAGCGGCUGGGUGGGGCCCUGGAAAGAUCUUGGGAGAGUUUGGUCUUCAGGCACUCAGUCAUCUGAAUGGCGUCAUUAAGAUGGCACCUGGCCCAUUAGAGGUCAAGUUCAAGAUAAUUGAUCAUAACAAGUUCAAGAAAGCAAAUAUCGUAUACCAGAUGUUACCACUCGGUGAGGAGGAGGAUGUUCUAGCGGAGACACAUCCAUUCCAACAAAAUGGGGAUAUCCUGGAAGCAGGGUUUACGGUUAAUGAAGGGGAAUAUAAGAUGAAGAUUAGCCACGUAUUUGGAGAAGGUCAUGAAAGAAACAUUUGCAACUAUCACAUCAUUAGUACUUUCCCGCCAAAACCCAAAACGGUUGAGAAGGACAGAACACCUACACCAGAAGUGGACGAGGAGGGGGAACUGAGAGAAAAGCUACGUGAGGCGAUAGAUUCACGAAACCUUGAGGAACUCGAGCGAACAGUUGAUCUGGUGGAGAGUAAAGGUUACGCUCCGAAACUUGGACCUGAACUUAGAGAGGCCAAAGAUCUUAUUGCAAGACUGAAACGUCUGCAGAAACUCAUCCAUGAGGUUAUGACAUUGAAUCAGAGAACAAUUGCCGAAAUAAAGUCAUACGCUCAUCCCCCCGACGAGGUUCAUACAGUGAUGAGAGGAACUCUUCUGUUGCUAGGCAACAAGGAAGAGGAAACGAAGGACUGGAGAAAUGUUCAGGCUCUGAUUGGUAAGACUGGGAAAGUAUCUCUGAAAAGAAGAAUCCAGGAACUUGAUGUAAACAAACUGAAGGAGGACACAGUGAGCCGGACAAAAGCUUUGUUGAAAAACAUCAACAUAGAGGACAUUGUGAUAAUAAGUGCUGGAGCAGCGACCUUCUAUUCAUGGUCUUUCGGAAUCACAGAAGAAUUCGAACUGAGAAAAAAAGAUACGUAACGUCAGCGAGCACAGAAAGGUUUACGUGAAGACGGAAAUUACGUAGAAUUAACACAUUUCUGAGAAGACCCCUGUGAUAGUAUAAUUAUAUACACUGUGAUAAACAUUUGAAAUACUUCUUCUGCAACUAAGUUUUAUAUUGUAGCUUUAUUAUGUCUCCUAUCACACAGUUGUGUGGGAGACAUAUUGAUUUACUCCUGUCUGUAUGUUUGUCAGUCUGUGUGUCUGUCACAAACCUUGUCCGCACUCUUAAGUCGAACAUUUCUCAUCCGAUCUUCACCAAACUUGAUCAAAAUGUGUUUGCCAAUAUGUCCUCGGGUAAGUUCGAUAACUAGCCAAAUCGGCACAGGCACUUCGGAAUUAUGGCCCUUGAAACUUGUUUUUUGAUAAUCAAAGCACUGAAAGUCUGAUAAGGCAGUUGAGGUCUUGGUGUGUGGUUGACUCAUAUACUACUAUUCAGAUGAUUAGAAAGUUGUGGGAGACUUGCGCUUUUCUCAAAAGCAGCUCUAGUUUGUUGAUUCAUUCUGUAUCAAGCUAAAUAUAGUGGUCUUAAAGUAUUGACAACAGAAAGGUUGCAAACGUAAAUGCCUGCUAUGUAGAUGUUUCAUUUGUGUUGUCAGCGUUUGCAUUCGAACACAGUCAUACGAUAUAUUCUGCUCAAUUAAACUCAUUAUAAGAAUAUAUCACUGGUUGAAGGUGUGGAUGGAAAUAUGGUGUCCGAGAGUUUACGGUUCAGGCAGUAACGAGGCACUGCCGAGUUACCAUAAAACAGUUACCGAGAGCCUGAUAUUUCCACCAGCACCUUCAACUAGUGACAAAUUCUUUUUUUGCAUAUACCGUAUAGUUCGACUGAUAGAAAAAAAAUGAGGUAAACCAAAUAUUUUUUUUUCUUUUCAGCACUUUUUAUCAUAGGUAGCGUAUGAAUUUACGCAUUCAUUCAUAAAUUACAGCACAUGAGUCAUCUUACACCCUCAUGUGUAAGACAAGUUUUUCCAGUACUGGCAAAACACGGGAAAAUCAUACAAGAAAAGCAAGGGUUUACACUGUAUUUUUUAUAUUGUCUUUUUUUCAAAGAUCCUUUUUGAGCAAUAUCUCUCUUUCACUAGUACUCUGUUGUCAUGGUAAUCAAAUUUGAUAACGUAUUCUGGUUAGUCAUUCUUCGAAUCUUAAACAAAGAAAACGUACUCUCCCGAUUGGCAUUACCGGUCCUAUACCUUGAGAAUCUUAGUAUAUUCUUAUUUUCUGCUUUUGUAUGAAAAUAGUAAAUUAAAAUCAAUUAUGCAGUAAUUCCUAUAUCAUUUCAUGUAUGCAAGUAGAUGCUAAAAUCUUACCGUACUAGAGUAAGUGCUUGACGUAAAACUUUUGAAGCUUUAGGUAUUGGUAGGAAUGAGGUAAAUGGCAAUAGAUAUUUUGAGAUUUGUACAUCUAUAUUCAUCCUUACAUGUAUGUUCUAAAUUCCAAAUUACUUAUGUCUUACUUUAGUUUUAUUUUGAAAGAAUAUGAAAUAGUUUUUACAAAAUCCUACUCUAAACGGCCUAUUUUAGAAACGUGAUAAGAAGUAUAAGAACAAAGCGUACAACGAACAGACUUCAGUAGAAUACUAUAACAAUACGAACAUUAAACACAGUGGCUAUAUUCUGUAGUACCAUUAGACUUUAGGAACUAACAAUGAUAUAUGUAGGCUUAUUUGAUUAAUUUACUUUUUGUUUUGUCUAACAAAAAGAUUUUGUACCGAUUAUUUUACCAAUCAGUAUUAGAAGUAGGAAAGUGAUGAAACAUUAAAUGCAUGUCAAAGCUUACUAGAUGUAAAUUAAAUGUGUUUCUUUUCAGUAUGUGAUACUUCUUUAAGACUAGUGCUUUCAUACAAUAUAUGUUAUAUCAUGACUACUCGUAUGAAUAAACUUAACAGUAAGUUUUAAAA